AUGCUGAAAUACGUAAUUCUCACGUGCACCUUGCUACUUCUUCCUCUCACUACACUCCCUUGCACUCCUCCCAACUGCCAGUACUUCCUGUCCUACAUGAAGACAACCCUCGACAAUGCCAGGGUAGAUUGCCAAAGCAGGAACAUGAAACUUCUGGAGAUAAAAACCCCCGAAUUGCAGGAGGAUGUGGAGAAAUUUCUAUCAACCGUCAACCGAACCGGUCAAUUCGGAUUCCACAACUGUUUCUGCAACACUCAGAUUUGGUUGAAUGUUUACAUAAUAGGAAAAAAUUAUUGCUGGGUAAAUGAAGAAAAUCUCGAGAAAAUAAACUACACCAAAUGGGGCUAUGGCUACCCCUCUGAUACGUCAUUAUUAAGUAUCCAAGCGGUAUACAUGGAGUGUGAUCAGUCUCUUACGAUGAAAUUCAGUUGCAAUUGGAUGACAACAUUCUAUGAUACUUUUUAUUAUAAUUACAUUUGCUACGGUGACAAAGAUGUUAACAACAUUAACAACAACAUCAACAACAACAACAAUGCUGACUUUAACAACGCUGGCAUUAACAUCGACGACACCAACAACGAUAAUGGCUCUGAUUACACUAACAAAAACCGCAUCAGGAUAAACAGCAACAACAACAACAACAACAACAACAACAUCAACAAUCUCAAUAAAAACAACAGCAUCAUUAACGACAACAACAAUGGAAACACCAAAAACUACAUUAUAUUGGAUGGCAGCAAUCUAAAUAACGACAACCACAACAACAACGAAAACAACAACAACAACAAUCUCAAUAAAAACAACAGCAUCAUUAACGACAACAACAAUGGAAACACCAAAAACUACAUUAUAUUGGAUGGCAGCAAUCUAAAUAACGACAACCACAACAACAACGAAAACAACAACAACAACAAUCUCAAUAAAAACAACAGCAUCAUUAACGACAACAACAAUGGAAACACCAAAAACUACAUUAUAUUGGAUGGCAGCAAUCUAAAUAACGACAACCACAACAACAACGAAAACAACAACAACAACAAUCUCAAUAAAAACAACAGCAUCAUUAACGACAACAACAAUGGAAACACCAAAAACUACAUUAUAUUGGAUGGCAGCAAUCUAAAUAACGACAACCACAACAACAACGAAAACAACAACAACAACCACAACAACUACAACUACAAAUACAUUGACAGCCAUAGUGUGUUGUUAUCGUCAGCUGAUGCAUAA